GCGCUAGGCCUAACACGCGGGCGAUGCUGCUCGCCGCGGCGGCGUCGCCCCGUCCAGGCCCGCUAGCGCAGUCCUCCUAGCGGGCGGCCGGCGGCGCACCGACCAUGGUGGACCUCGGCGGAUACGUCAUCGUGAUCGUAGAGACCACAGACCGCCGCAUACGGCUGUACGGAUCGCCCGCGGAUCGCGCGGACUUGGAAGUUGGGGACGAGAUUCUCGAGGUGAACGGACGCUCCUUAGACAACUGCACCCACAACGAGGUGAUCUCGCACAUCCACCAAUGCAUCCGCUCCCGGACGGUGUGCCUUCGGGUACGCAGGAGGCCACGACUAGUGCUGGACUUGUCGGAGAGCAGCAGCCAUGUUCAAGAGGCCUUUGUCAUUGCGGUGGAGCAGCAGGCCCGCGAGCGGCUGGAGCGUCUGUCGGCGCUGCAGCGCAUCCGGCCGGUCGACAUGACCAAGCUGUCGCAGGAGCUCAACGCGGAGGAGCGCUCUUCCACGCCCUCGUCCCAGCAAGCGGGAUCCAACGGCCUGCUGCUGCUCGCCUCCGAGGCCAGCCCCGUCUACGUGGCCUCCGUGCCCCAGCUCCAGAGGCUCCAGCGACACGGCUCAAGGGGUGAGCGUUCCCCCAAUCAAUAAAGUCGGGUUUUCCCGAGAGCAAGUGCGCUGACCUCAGCCAACGGGCACGUGGCGCCCGUCGUCGCAGACCAGGAGCUCGAACUGACCCAGCAGCUGCCAGAACCCAUGCUCACCUCACCCAACCCGCCCGUGCCCACACCCCGAAAGUCGCUCUCCCCACCUCCCGGCAUGAAGGUGCCCGAGGUGGAGACGGGGCAGUCUCAUCGCGAGAUGGCCGUGGACGUGCCCGAGUCUUUUGUGGCGGUGGCCAAGACCGCGCCGCGUUAUCCGCCGCCUCCAAGGCCUCAGGGCUCUCCCCGGCUCAACGGAUCGGCAGCUCCAACAGGAGACCAGUUGGAGCGAAUCCGAAAGUAUCAAGAAGAGCUGCGGCUACGCAAAGAAGAAGAGGAGCGGCUAGCGCAAGAGCAGGAGUUCCUGCGGUCGUCGCUACGGGGCUCCAAGAAGCUCCGUGCCUUGGAGCAGAACGCCCCAGAAGGGAUCCUCAACGCCGCCUUUGAGACAGAGGACACCUGCUCCUUCGGCGCUACCCUGCCUUCGGACGCCCGCCUCCUGCCUGUGAGCCCACACAAGCCUCCCAGCCGCAUUUACGAAGCUCACGAGUUGGAGCAGUGCCUCAAGAGGCUGGAGCCCCUGGAUGAUGCGGGCUCACUAGCGUGCGUUGCCAACCUGCUGAAGGAACCGGGCUUCCAGGGGGCGCUGGCCGUCAGCAACAACGUCCAGCAGGCCUGGUGCUACCAGAGGCCACCCACCCCCGUCUGCUCGAAUGCGCAGGACUUGGCUCAAGAGGUGCUGUCCCUACUAGAAGGCUGUCCCUUGGCUGAGGCAAUGCAACUUCAAGACUUUCUGAGCCGACUAGACGUAGAUGGUUUGCUACUGAGCCACGACCGCAUUGCGGCACGCUGCGGAGCGUCGCCACGCCUUGCGCACUCUCCGCCUGGCCCCGGAGGCGCCCAUGAGGCCCUGGACAGGGCAUCUCACUACUCGGAGGAUAGCAUCAAGAUUGUCCACAUUGACAAGACUAACGAACCACUGGGUGCAACUGUCCGGAACGAAGGGGAGAGCGUCAUAAUCGGACGGAUUGUCAAAGGUGGCGCAGCCGAGAAGAGUGGCUUAUUACACGAGGGUGAUGAGAUCCUGGAAGUGAACGGUAUCGGCAUGCGUGGCAAGUCGGUGAAUGAAGUCUGUGACCUGCUGGCAACAAUGACCGGCACCCUCACAUUCCUGAUAGUGCCAUGUAACCAGGAGACCAUCGUGCCUCGCACCACGGACACCGGCAUGAUCCAUGUCAAGGCCCACUUUGACUACGAGCCGGACGAGGACCUGUACAUUCCGUGCCGAGAGUUAGGCAUCCCAUUCCAGAAGGGUGACGUGCUGCACGUCAUCAACCGGGACGACCCAAACUGGUGGCAGGCUUACCGCCAAGGCGAGGAAGACCAGACCCUGGCCGGCCUCAUCCCUUCCAAGUCCUUUCAGCAGCAACGGGAAGCUAUGAAACAAGCCUUGGCUGGCGGCGACACGGGGUCGAAGGAGAAGACCAAGCGAGGAAAAUUUCUUUGUGCCAAGAAACACCACAAGAAGAAGAAGAAAAAGAGCAGCAGUGCAACUGGUACUUUGAGCGACGAGUCCGAAGCAAACGAGCCAGUGCCAACGUACGAAGAGGUGUCGCUCUACUACCCCCGUCCCAACUGCAAGCGGCCCGUGGUGCUUGUUGGACCGUCCAACAUAGGCAGGCACGAGCUCCGCCAAAAGCUGAUGGAGGACACGGAGCGCUUUGCCGCCGCAGUUCCUCACACCAGCCGGCCGCGAAAGGAUUCGGAGAUAGAUGGGGUAGACUACCAUUUCAUUAGCCGGCCCCAAUUCGAAGCCGACAUCCUGGCCGGCAAAUUUGUGGAGCACGGCGAAUACGAGCGUAACUACUAUGGUACCAGCCUUGACGCCAUUCGGAGUGUCGUGAACUCGGGCAAGGUCUGCGUACUCAACCUUCACCCACAGUCUCUGAAGAUGUUGAAGCACUCUGACCUCAAGCCGUACGUGGUCUUUGUGGCCCCACCGUCUUUGGAGAAGCUCCGGCAGCACCGUGCCCGACAGGGCGUUCCCGUACGAGAGGAGGAGCUGCGAGAGACCAUCGAGCGAGCGCGGCAGAUGGAGGAGACCUAUGGCCACUACUUCGACAUGGUCAUCGUCAACUCGGACCUGGACCGCGCCUACAGCGAAUUGCUCAAGGAGGUGGCCAUUUUGGAACGCGAGCCGCAGUGGGUGCCCAGUGCUUGGCUCACAAACCAGGACAAUGGCGCGGGCUCUUAGCCGCUGGCCACCCCAUUGGAGAUGCUUAGUGCCACCUCGUACGCCUGAAAUCCGAGGAGCACCCACGGUUGCGAAGACGACGAGGCCUUCAACUGCCGCGACUGGUCGAAGACAACGCGGGACGUCCGUGGUGCAGAAGCAAUACAUUAAGUCGUUGCAGGCGGCAACCCUGCACCUUUGUCGCCGUGCAGUGACGGUUCGCUAGUGGACCAGCUUCUCAAAAAACACCACCACCCAUGUCGCCCUGCGUUGCAGACCGAUCGCGAUGCUCAGAAGCUACGUCCGGCGAUUUGUUUCUUCCGAGGCCAUAUGGACAGUGCCACCUCCCCCCCCUUCCAUGUGCGCACGAUGACCCGACGGGUCGUACAAAGCCUGGUGGCGUUAACUAUGCGGAACUUUUUGGAAUCGGAUGGUGCAGCUUGUAUAUUUUGAGAAUUUAGACGCAAACACCGCACACUUGAGGCCAUUUUUUAUGUACGAUAUAAUAGGAGCAACUAGAAACGUUUUACUACUGCCAGAAAAAGCGCGGCUCCAGUCUCUAUUGGCAGGGACGCGACGGCCGACCGUUCGCAGACAGUCUCUGCAACCUCACGCUAUCAGCGCAGAAGAACGGGAGCUGGGCUGGGCAGUCAGUACAAAUCAGAGUUUGUGAAGCAUUUCGUUUUUUUAGGAGAAAAAAAAAAAAGCGUAACCAUUACA